ACGUGCAUAAAUGCAAGUUUAAACGUACCUUUUUGAACCAUAGUGAACCAUGGUGCUGAUUAGGGGUGUCAGGUCGGUUUCGGUUUUUCAGGUUAACCCGAAACCGAACUGAUAAAUGCACUUUUGGGUUUCGGGUUCUCAGUUCCAACCCGAUUAUGUGAAGCAGCGGUUUCGGUUUCAUGGAAACCCGAGAACCGAGCUUAACCCGAAAAACCGAAUGGCUUUAUUGGAUUGCCUGACGCAGCUUUGAAGAGAUGGUGUCGUCGCCGGUCGGAGCCUCCCUUCUCAACUCCCUCGCCAUAGCAACCUUGUGGGGACCUCCGACCGCCAUCAACCCUCUCGCCGUCAUCGCCCUCGCCACCAUAAUCAUACUCAUUGCCAGCGGCCUCAUGAGAAACUCAGCUGCGGACGACCGAAACCCAUCCACGGCGAAUUGGGUCGACUACUCCCGUAUUAUUCGAUUCUCCGACCUUGACUAUGGCAACCCAGUAAGGCCUUCUUCUUUCCCCUCCCUUUCCCGUUCUGUUUGUGUCCCCUGUUAAUUGAAGCGGCUGAUGGAUUAAGGGGGAGAAUAUGAGUAUUGUGGCAAUUGGGUUCCUGGUGGAUUCCUAGCGUUUGGGUCCUCUUUCAAUCGAAUUACAAUAGAGCAAGUGAGCAACAACAGGAUAAUUUGAGGAACAAAGAAAGGAAUCGACGCUAAAGAGGAUCGGCAGGAUUAAUCUAUGGCGGUUUACUUGUAAUUGGAAUGAAUCAAAGGUGGAGUC